UGGGAAGAGAAAUAUCUUAAGUAGAAGGUAAUUUUGGGUGGAAUUAAUUGAUGUUUGUGGAUAUUUUACUCUACUCAAAACCUAUUCUUAGCUUUCACGAGAGAUCUUCUCAGUGCUAAAUACAGAAACAUGCACAUGUUGUUAUAUCUCUCCUGAAGGAUCCAGUCAUAAUCAUUAGACUUGGAGUUUCUGGUUUCUAAUUAUAUAUAUAUUGAUUGUUUUCUUGCUAUUUGAUAUCGGUCCUCACUGAGUUCUGUCAGUAUGGGAAUUUGGCUUUCUGGGCAUUUGUUAAAUCAGUUGUUUUGAUUCUUGGACCUCAGUUUAUUUGAUUUUUGGCUAAGUCAAGGGAGUUUCCCACCUGGGUUUUCGGUAAAAAUGAAGAAUUUUGCAACUUUUGAGCUUUUAGUUGCGUUUAUAGUCUUUGUGCUGUCUGGGUUCUGUUCGAGUAAGGAGUGUACAAAUUCUCCUACUCAGUUCUCAUCACAUACUCUUCGAUACGAGCUUUUAAUGUCCAAGAAUGAGAGUUGGAGGGAAGAGAUGUUCUCACACGAUCAUUUGACACCAACAGACGAUUCAGCCUGGUCAAACAUGCUUCCCAGAAAGCUUUUGAGGGAAGAAGAUGAAUUUGAGUGGAUAUUGAUGUACCGGCAACUAAAAAAUUCAGGUGUUAAUGGUGGCCCAGGGAGUUUUCUCAAGGAAAUAUCUUUGCAUGAUGUGAGAUUGAAUCCUGUUUCGACACAUGGGCGGGCACAGCAAACGAAUUUGGAGUAUCUGUUGAUAUUAGAUGUGGAUAGCUUAGUUUGGAGCUUUAGAAAGACAGCAGGUUUGGCAACUCCUGGAAAUCCAUACACAGGUUGGGAGGACCCACAAACGGAGCUCCGGGGUCAUUUUGUAGGGCAUUACUUGAGUGCAACAGCACAAAUGUGGGCUAGUACUCACAAUGAUACUCUCAAAGAAAAAAUGUCUGCUGUAGUGUCCUACCUAUCUGAAUGUCAGGAGAAAUUGGGGACUGGAUAUCUUUCUGCUUUUCCAUCUGAGCUAUUUGAUCGUUUUGAGGCCAUCAAACCUGUCUGGGCUCCAUAUUACACCAUUCACAAGAUUCUAGCAGGUCUACUGGAUCAAUAUACAUUCGCUGGUAAUGAUCAAGCUUUCAAAAUGAUGACAUGGAUGGUUGAUUACUUUUACAAGCGUGUUCAGAACGUGGUCUCCCAGCACACAGUAGAAAGACACUACCGGUCACUCAAUGAAGAAACUGGUGGCAUGAACGAUGUUCUUUAUAGGCUGUACAGUAUCACGGCAAAUCCAAAGCAUUUAAUGUUGGCUCACCUGUUUGAUAAACCGUGCUUUUUAGGCUUGCUUGCAGUUCAGGCGGAUGACAUAUCUGGUUUUCAUGCUAAUACACAUAUCCCAAUUGUUAUUGGUUCUCAAUUGCGGUAUGAAAUCACUGGUGACCCAAUUUAUAAGGACAUAGGAACAUUCUUCAUGAACAUUGUGAACUCGUCUCACAGCUAUGCAACUGGAGGAACAUCAGUCGGCGAAUUCUGGUCUGAUCCCAAAAGAUUGGCAACAACUCUGCAAACUGAGAAUGAAGAGUCAUGUACAACUUACAACAUGCUAAAGGUUUCUCGCCAUCUGUUUAGGUGGACCAAAGAAAUGGCAUAUGCAGAUUACUAUGAGAGGGCUCUUACAAAUGGUGUGCUGGGAAUUCAAAGAGGAACCGACCCAGGAGUUAUGAUUUACAUGCUACCACUUGGUCGUGGAGUUUCCAAGAACAAGGGCUACCAUGGAUGGGGAAAGCCAUUCGAGUCUUUCUGGUGCUGCUAUGGAACAGGAAUAGAAUCAUUUUCAAAGCUAGGAGAUUCUAUAUAUUUUGAAGAAAAUGGAGAAGUUCCUGCUCUUUAUGUCAUCCAAUACAUACCAAGUUCACUUGACUGGAAACUCGGAAAGGUUGUGCUUAAUCAGAAAGUUGAUAAUGUUAAAUCAUGGGAUCCUUACCUUCGAGUGACUUUCACAGUUUCUUCCGGGGAGUCAGGAAAAUCUUUGACAUUAAAAUUGCGAGUGCCAAGCUGGACGCACUUAAGUGGUGCAAAGGCAACUUUAAAUGCUAAAGAAAUUUCUCUACCAGCUCCAGGUAAUUUUCUGUCAAUCACUAAGAAUUGGAGCCCUGGUGACGUAGUAACACUUCAGCUACCAAUUACUAUAAGAACAGAUCCCAUUAAAGACGACCGGCCUGAGUAUGCUUCAAUACAGGCAAUUCUUUAUGGCCCUUAUCUGCUUGUAGCUCAUAGCGGUGGUGAUUGGAACAUAAAAACUGGAUCAGCUAGCUCUCCUUCAGAUUGGAUAACUCCAAUCCCUUCAUCUCACAAUGAUCAACUGGUGUCCUUCUCCCAAGACCAUGAAACCUCAACAUUCGUCUUAACAAACUCAAACAAAGCAAUCACUAUGGAAAAGCUUCCUGAAACUGGCACCGAUUCUGCUCUUAAAGCCACUUUCAGACUCAUCUUAAAUGACAUCUCUGGCAAAUCAGUGAUGCUGGAGCCAUUUGAUCAUCCGGGCAUGGUUGUAGUGCAGCAAGGAGAAGACAACGACCUUACGGUGGCUGAUGCCUCCAACGAUAAAGGUUCUUCAUCGCUUUUCCACGUUGUUUCUGGAUUGGACGGAAGGAGUGAGACGGUAUCCUUGGAAUCAGAAAGCAAGAAAGGUUGCUUUGUGUAUAGUGCGAGCAAUGAGGCUGGUGGGAGAUUGAAGCUAGGCUGCAACUUGAAGUCAUCAUCGAGUGCUGCGGCCAGCUUUGCAAUGAAGAAAGGACUCACUGAGUAUCAUCCUAUCAGCUUUGUGGCUAAAGGGGCAUCAAGGAAUUUCCUACUAUCUCCAUUGUUUAGCUUUAGAGAUGAAUCUUACACUGUUUAUUUCAACAUCACAGCUUAGAUCAUAAUAAACUAAAGAACUAGCCACUGUAGGCAGUUGUUUAUUGAAACCCUUCAUAUAACUUUCUCAAAAAGUACACAUGAGAAUCAGAUGAUAUAUUUGAAGCCUCAUUUGUAUGUAUGGAGAGAGUCCUGUCCUUUUAUUGUAACUGGUAUUUUCAGUCGUGAAUAUACAUAUAUAUAUAUAUACAUAAAUUAUAUAUACAAAUA